AUGAUCGCACCGUCAAGUCUGGUGCGUUCCAGCCUGUGUUCACGGCUCGAUACAGAGAGCGUCAAAGAGGCGUAUGCCACAUUAGCUAGUGCACAUAAUUAUCAUCAUAAUUAUGCACAGACUUCACAUACCGAGCAUCAGUGCAUGUUGCUGCAGUAUGCUUGCGAAUAUGUUUCAGGUGGUAAGGGCGGGGAAUCAAAGAGGACGCGACAGACAUACAGCAGAAAUCAGACUUUGGAACUCGAAAAGGAAUUCCACUACAACAAAUAUCUGACACGAAAAAGGCGACAGGAAAUCUCGGAAAGUCUGCAGUUAUCCGAACGGCAGGUGCGCUUUGCUCAUUUUUGUUUCCAGCAAGUCCUGUUGUGA